AUGUCACCUCCAGAUUGCACUCCGGUGAGGAAUAUUUCCACAGUAGGGGCAAACUCGUUCAUCGACCUCAUUGUUGCACGUGUACUUGUCAUCCGAGAUGGUAGGUUCUUCACCUUGACCGACUUCGGGUCUCGUCAACUGUCAGGUAUGACGGCCGAGGUCGUGGUCAACUUCUCCGACGAAUGGCGUCCGAGUCCACUUCUCAAAGUCGGCAACGUGGUGGUCUUGAGGGGGUUCAAAAAGAUGAGGGGACACAAGAAAGGGAACUCAAUGCUCUACUUCAACCGAGCAAAGUCGGGCGUCAUGUUCUACAAUGCCCAAAAACAGGUCUACGGCAAGCAUUUUCUCGGACAAGCGGGGAGAAUUGAAGAAUUCAGCCGAGGAAGUGAUAACCACAGAUACGUCGUUAGUCUGAUUGACGACUGGAAGGACGAUCCUAGAGCAGUUCCUAUGAAGAAAACUCCCACCCCACGUGCUGUCAGUACUAAGAUGAGUCUUAAGGAGGCUUAUGACAGAUUUGAUACUACGAGAUUGGUCACUAUCAACGGCAAACUCAACUUAGGCGAUGAUGGACUGUUCUAUCUGACCGAUUCCAUUGAUUGCACAGUCAGUUUGGAGGGGUUUAGAGUCGAAGAAAGACUGAAGCAACAGCUACGACAUGAAGACACCUCCUACAUUCAAAUCACCAAUGCCAAAUGCCAGGCACGCACAAGGGAUCAGAAAGAUAAGACAAAAAUGCGUGUCAAGAUCACAGAUAUUUCCACCAUUUCCACUCUGAUUCCUAUUGAAAGAAGACACCUGAAGGAGAAACUCACGCCUAAGCCUCUGCCCACUUCUUAUCUUGCUACGCCCGAUCAAUCACUGGAUGCCAUUUCUUCCUUGGAGAAUAUCGACGUGUGGGAACCUGAAGAAGAUGAACUGGAUUCCAUAUUUGCUGGAGUGACGGAAGCCAAAUUUGACAAGUCUGUACCGAGUGAGGCACCGCAGACACCUAAGUCUCAAGUCCACAUCGGUUCAGAGUCAGAUGAAGACGACUCUUUGGAGAGCUUUACAGACUUCAUAUACCAUGGUCCACGGCCCGACCGUGUGGAUCUUUCCAGCCCUCUUGUAUCAGGCAGGUCCAUUACUAAGAGAAAUGUUCCUCCUCAGAGUGGACAGCCUAUAAUGACAAGCACGCCCAAAGCUCAAGGAUCUAGGUCUCCACCACAUGAUUCGACUAAACAGCUGUUCCAGUGUGUCAGUGGAUCAAGUGAAUCGGACCCUUUCAGCAGUCCUGUUCGAAAGAGACCCAAGAUCGACCGGAGUACAUGA